AUGAAUCUAAUGAACAUCGAAAUUUCUUUAGCUUUAACGGCGGCUGAACAGCAAAACCAACAACGCCGUAAUUUAAGAAAUAGUCGUUCGCGGGGACAAACAGAGUUGAAUCUUAUCGAUGGAAUAACAACUUACUUACAUACAACAGCAGCAGCAGCAACAACAACAACAACAGCACCGUCAUUUGCUAAUGAAUUUUCAACAAAUGAGCAGCCUUGUUUGUCUGAAAUCAUAUUGACAAAUAAUAAUUUUUAUGAUAUUGAUUUUGGUCCAGUGGAAAGCAUCGUUGAUGAAACGGAAUCUGUUGAUAUAGCUGACUGUCAAAUCAAUGAUGAUUAUUUGACUUUAUUGAAUGAACUUUCUUUGUCUUGUGGUAGCCAUAAUUCUGCAUUUCUCCAUUCGUACACAAACAUCACGCAAAGUCAGUUUUGUACGAAUCUUCUCCGUAUUUUUCGUGAUGCAAAUAUAUGUAAAGCGUACUCAGCAAAGAUAUUACAAUUAAUUAAUGUGGCUCUUCCACAUCCAAAUAAUUUACCAACAUCGCUAAACGCGCUAUUAACAUACAUGCAGGUGGAAAACUUAUUCUUUAAAAGAAGAAUAUGUUUAUCAUGCAAAUGUGACAUUAAAUACACGACUAAAGAAUGCUUGCAAUGUCAUUCGAGUGAUAAGAUGAAUUUUGCAGAUGUCUUUGAUACAGAUUUUACAAAAUGUUUUAGUGACAUUGUGGAAAGAAACGCUGCUAAUAUUAUUCAAUAUCGCCAGAAGAUCAUAACAGGACAAAACAAUGAAAAUAAUGAUAUUCCAUUUCAAAAUAUUUAUCAGUGCUUCCUGAAGACAGUAAUUCAUCAACCGUUCAUCAGUGUGAUUCUACAUCUGGAUGGCAUUGGAUUAGGAAAGUCUAAUAAACUAACGUUAUGGAUUUUAUCUUGUAUGAUUGUCGAAUUGCCACCUCAUCUUCGAAACAAACGCCAAAAUAUGAUACCAUUGUCGUCUUGGAUUAGUUCUCGAGAACCAAUAAUUGAUAUUUGGCUAAGUGAAUGUAUACGAUACUUGAGAAACUUUAAAUCAUCGGGAUUUUUGAUUCAUGGCUAUCAGCGAUGGUUUAUCUAUUUCAUAGGAGUGAUCGCCGAUUGUCCAGCCAUGAAACUAGUGCUUAAUCACAUUGGCCAUAAUGGAUAUUAUUCGUGUUGGUACUGCAAAGUGAGCGGAAUUCACACCCUAAAUAAAAGACAAUAUCAUUUUGAAGAAGUACCCAUUAUGAGAACAGUUGAUACUUAUAUGAGUGAAUCAACCGAGGCUGAGAAAGCUGGUGAAAAUAUUCAUGGUCAUCUAGGUACAUCCAUUCUUCAUCAAAUUCUUGAUGUACCACUUCCUCAAUCAAUAAUUAUGGAUUACAUGCACAUCACAUUGCUUAGACAUGCACGCUGUGUUGUUUUACAACUGUAUGCCAGUAUUAAACCAAAACAAAGAAUUGAAUUGGACAAUAUACUGCGUCAUCAACGCUUUCCGCACACAUUUAACAGAAAAAUGCGAGGCAUAAAAGAUACACAUAUCAAGGCAACGGAGAUGAAAAAUCUCUUAUUCUAUGGCCUGUUACCAUCAUUUUACUCUUAUAUUGCAAUAGAGAAGGUUGCUCAUAUUACUCUUUUUAUAUGUGCUAUACGUAUGUUACAUGGCGAGAAACUAUUUGGAUCUGAGACCGGUGUCUUAGCUCAUCAACUUUUAGUUGCUUAUUAUAAAGAUCACACAAAACAUUAUCAUGGGCUCGAGAAUCUAGUUCUACAUUUACAUAUACAUUUUGCUUCACAAUAUGAAAAGUAUGGCAGUUUAAAUUACACGAAUUGUUUUGGUCAAGAAAGCUUUCUUGGAGCAUUUUCAAAAAACAAGCAUGGCACUCGUCAUUGGGGAGACUUGCUUAUGCAUUAUUUUAAUAUAGAUUUUGCUUUGCAGAACAAGAAUAUUGAGCAUACGGCCAAUAAUUUCAAUAUGACAGAAGGACCAUUUGAUGCAUCACCUAAAUCAAUUAAUAUCGUAGAAAAACUUAUUAUGUGGCAUGAACAUGAGUGUGGUUGUAAUCAAGCAACAACUUGCACUAAGAUUUACAACCGUUGCAUAAUUAACGAGACUGAAUCUUAUCAAAUCGCUGCUCGAAGCAGCAUAAAAAAAUUUGAUAAAGAAGGUUUUGCAACACUUCAAAUUCGCAGAAAAAUGUUGCAAGCAAAAAUUAUUCUCGCCGGUUCUCUUGACGAUUGCGAGAAAGAACUCACACGACAAGCAAAUGCAUCACAGCAAGAAAGCCAUAAUGACUGUAUUAAUGACGAAGAAAAUCAAUUAGAUGAAGAGAAUGACGAGAUUGAUGAAAAUGCCACCAACACAAUAUACAAUCAACAUCGAUUGGCAUCUCAAUCUCAUCAUCAAUCUCAUCCUCGUCUACAAUCUCAAUCUCAAUCUGAGUCUCAACCUCGUUUACAAUCUCAAUCUCAAGUUCGUAUGGGUCGAUCCAUCGAGUAUACGUGUCCUUCAACAAAUGGUGAUGAAGAAGAUAGUGAAGAACAUAGCGAUAGUGAUGACACGUUCGAAAAUAACUCGGCUCCAAUCAAUAAAAGAAAAAAUAUGGCAAAUAAUGUGACAAAAAAGAAACAGCGACUCAAUAUUGAUGAUCAAACAACGUCCAAUCGAUUAAACAAUCAGUCGGAAACAACAUUUCCUGGUGUUUCAAUUUUUAAUCUAAUGGAACGCAAGUUUGAUAUCAUCGAAAAAAGAUUAUUGUCCAUUGAAAAUCAUAGUGGUGAAAAAAUGGCACGUUUAACAAAGAAAAUUGACAAUUUAUCCUCAGCAUCAAUUAUCAACAAGGUAGCCAUUGAUACAUAUCGAGAUGAAAAUAAUGAAAGUUUUCGAAAAGAUCUGAUGUAUGGUGAUAUUGAUUUGUUACAAACCAUGGGAUCAACGUUUGGAGACUUCGCAAGAAAAACGAUGAAGAUCGUCUUUACUGAAGAAGAAUUAAAAGAGCGCAUUUUACCUCCACAAAGAUCUCAUUUGUCUCGACCGAGCCUGGAUCUUGCAAAAUUUCGAAUUGUUAAUGACGCUAUUCGCAUCAAAUAUAAAAUCGACUCAACGAAAUACGAUGCGUUCUACAAGAAUGUAUUGAGAAGAAAAUUAUCAGAUUUCCUUAUAGAAGAACGUCGUAGAGAGUCAAUCAAAUCAGCCCGAGAUCUUAUUCGUACUCAAAUGCAAACAAACCCACCUUCAUCUCAUCAACUCAUGCCAGUACUAGUGAAUGUUGAAUGA